CCAGGAACUCCACCCUGCAAUGGUUUUAUCAGGAGAGAGUGGUACUGAAUCACUGCUUGAUGUAAGUGUCCUCUAUAUCACCUAUUAUACAGAGGUUCUCAAGAUCGAUAGGUCGCUAUCCGGAAAGAAACAAGUCUUUUAGUUGGUAUAUUCGACCUCCAAUACAUGCUCAAGCUGCUGGGUUUCCUGUUGGAUAAUGGUGUGACGUCAAUUGGCGCGGAUCCCCGUUCUGUGAAUCAUCUCUGGACUGUCUCUCACCUUGAAGAGGAUCAUGUCCCAUUGAUGGCGCGUAUGGUCGAUGCCGGGGUCAGCUUGGAUAUCAGUCAUGCUCAUAGCGCUGUUUUCUUACCUUUAAUAUCUCCCAUGAAACACAACCUGCAGCUUAUACUUGCUAAAAGUGAUGAAGUGGUACAAAUCCCAGAAAGUAUCAGACUUGUUUGUUGCAAAAAUGCUACAGAGCUUAGGCAAGCCCUUGAUGAGAAACGGGUUUCUCCAAAUGAAAUUAUUCAUAAUACUCCAUUGCUUGAAUGGGCCUUUGGCUGGCCAGAAGGCAUAGAGAUUCUUCUUGAAUUUGGAGCAGAUCCGGACUAUAGGUUUGAAUCUCUUCUUUACCCUGGCAUAGAAUACCACCGCUCCGCAGUGUUAUUGCUGCAGGCAGGGUGCAGGUUCAGCAAAUAUGAGCUUAAUAGAACUCUUUAUUAUGAUGAUACAGGAGAAAGAAUGCAGCUGCUGAUCAAAACACUCACUACACGACGAGAAAACCUACGAAGACUUGCAGAGGCUUCGCUACCAUCCACCAUGAUCCCCAAGGGGAAGGUUCUUGAUGGGCCAGAGUGUCUUGAGGUCUACAAUUGUCUGCUUGCUCGGAACAUUUCCCCUCCCACCUUGGAUAACCUCUGCAUGUCAUCAGAUGGAGCAACUGUUUACCAUGGGUUGGAGCGACGGGAGUGCGCCGAAGCAUUAUACAAUGCGGGAUUCCAUGAUACGGAUACGCUGGAUCUGAAAGGGCACUCUCCUCUCAGCUACUUGGCAGAUCAUUAUACCAUUACCCCAAACAAAUUGAUGAAACUCAUUGAUUGGCACAUAUCUAAAGGUGGAGAUCUCAGCCGGAAGCUACCUUGGACAAAUGAAUCAGUCGGUCAUGGCCUGGCCGUGAAGAUUAUCAAGUGUUGCUUGUGGCUUGCGUAUGACCUUGAAUGCCACGGCUUGAAUCAUUCAGACCAUGCUGGAGCUAUUAAGACUAUCCUACAGUACUUGGGCAGAGUUGGUUCUGCUGUCUUCAUGCCAGCCAUUAUCCCGGAUGGAUGCUCAUGUCCCUGUUCCCCUGGCGGAUGCACCGCAAUAUCAGCCAUUUCUCUAGCAUGAUAUUUGACACGAUCAUUGAGUGGAAUCAAUUAUUCUGGCAGGAUGCACGAGCAGUCAUCAGGUCUUUGACCUUCAAUGCGUUGGAUCUCAAUCACACCUGCUUUUCCAAUACCAGGAAAGGCCUGGUU